CUAAUUAAUAAAAUUAAUGAACAGACAAGAAAUAAUGAAUAUGAAGCCAGAAAAAAAGAUAUCCAAUUAUGGUUUCAGUCUCAAAGCAAUUUUAGGUAAAGGUUCUUAGGGAACUGUUUAUUUUGGAAGAGAAAUUAAUAGUUGUAAAUUAUAAUAUAAUAUAAAUUAGAACUACCAGUUGCUCUUAAAGUAAUUGAUCAUUCGAAAACUCAAAAUUUUGGUUAAUUAUACUCCUCCCUUCAUUAAGAAAUAGAAAUUAUGAAAAAGUUAAAGCAUCCAAAUAUAGUUGAGUUAUAUGAAGUAUAUUCGACAUCAAAUAACACUUAUUUGGUUUAAGAAUAUUGUAAUGGACCAGAUUUAAAAUAGUAUAUGGCUGAAAAAAAGAUUUUAGAAGAAGAGCAAGCUAUUAAGAUGAUAAAACAAAUAGCUAAUGGACUAAAAUAAAUAGUCAGCAACAAUUUUAUUCAUAGAGAUCUUAAACCUGCAAAUAUUUUAAUUCAUGAUGAAUAAUGCAAAAUAGCAGAUUUUGGGUUUUCAAGACCAUUACCAUCAGAAUGUGUAAUGGAAUCCUUAGUUGGUACACCUCUUUAUAUGGCACCGUAAAUUUUAACAAAAUAAUAAUACACUUCAAAAUGUGAUAUUUGGUCACUAGGAUUAAUAUUUUAUGAAAUGUUAUUUGGUACUCUUCCUUGGAUAGCCACAAAUUACAUGGAGUUAAUCUAUAGAAUUAAUAAUUGUAAGUUAACUUUCCCUAAAAAUAAUAAGAUUUCUAAAGAGUCUAUGAGUUUUAUUUAAGGAUGUUUACAUAAAGAUGAAUUUUAAAGAUUCAGUUGGAAUGAUGUUUUUCUUCAUCCAUUAAUAAAACCAUAAAUGAAAAUAACAUUAGACUAAGGAAUGAAUGAAAUCUAGAGUCCAAAAUUUUCAACUCACAGAUAGAUAUUAUAUAAUGACAAAUCAACACUUCCAAAUAUUAGAGAAAGAAGUUGUUCAGGAAAGAAUAUUCAAAAUAAAUUACAAGAAUAAAAAAGCGAAAUUAAAAUAGAAUUAAAAUAAGAACCACAACCUGCUUAUUCUAGUCAAUAAUCUACUGAAGGAGAAGAAAACAAUAAAGUUGGAAUGUAUUUUCUUCCUAAAUAUUAAGAAAUAUUAAGAAGAACAAAAUCAUAAUUUGAAAAUAUUAAACCUAAUUUAACUGAAAUCAAUCAUAAAAGUAAAAUAUAACUACCUUAACCUACUAAUGGUAAUCUUAUCAAAUAGGCAUUUCCAAGUAAAAAACGAAAUGGUGUUGAAAUAUUAUUAAAAAACAACACAUGCAAAUUAAAAUAAAAUUCUGAUAUCAUUUUAUAAUUACUUGAUUUAAUAGAAUCAUUAGAAAAGGAUUUUAAAAAUUAAAAUGUUGAUUUUGAAGCUUUCCUAAAUAAAGAAAAAACAGCAAUUAAAAAUGGAUAAUAUAAUCAAACCUUUAGAAUAAAAAUAGCUUAGUAAUAUCUUUAAAACUUAGAAGGUCUCUAAAAAAAGAAAUUAGAAACCUUUAUUACUUUAUUGUAAAAAGAUAUGGAUACUAAAGAAAAUAAUCUUAAGUUAUAAUCCUGA